AUGGAUCCUCCAACCAGAUUCAGUAAAUCCCCUUCAGAAACACCUAGGAGAAGAUACAGCCGUAUCGCCCCCGACCAGAGCGAAACCCUGUCCUUCAUCAUCCAAUCCAACGAUGAAUUCGCCAUAGAAGAUGACACCCUCUCCCCAGGGCCAACUUCUCAACAUGCAGCAUAUAUCCCCCCAUGGACAGAACCUUAUAUAAUCGGAAUAGCUGGGAAUUCCGGUCUGGGGAAAACUUCCCUUUCACAAAAGAUUAUUCAAUUGAUAAAUCAACCUUGGACGAUUUUGUUAUCAUUUGAUAAUUUUUAUAAUCCAUUAAGUGAGGAAGAGAGAAAACUUGCAUUUGGGAAUAAUUUUGAUUUUGAUCAUCCUGAUUCCCUUGAUUUGGAUUUAUUGGUUGAGACGGUUGAGAAAUUGAAGAAGGGGGAGAAGGUUGAAAUCCCGGAUUAUUCCUUCAAUUUACAUAAUAGGACCGAGAAGACACAUACUAUCUAUGGAGCGAAUGUUAUAAUUAUAGAAGGAUUAUAUGCCUUAUAUGAUCCUAGAUUGUUGAAGAUGAUGGAUUUGAAAAUCUAUGUUCAAACUGAUUUAGAUAUUUGUUUGGCCAGGAGAUUGACUCGUGAUAUCUUAUAUCGUGGACGUGAUUUAGCUGGGGCAAUUAAACAAUGGGAAACAUUUGUAAAACCAAAUGCGGUUAAAUAUUUGAAUCCAACUAUGGAUAAUGCUGAUUUGGUCAUUCCGAGAGGGUUAGAUAAUUCAAUUGCUAUAAAUCUUAUGAUCAAACAUAUUGAGAAUCAAUUGAUUAAGAAGAGUAGAGAUCAUUUGGUUAGAUUGAAGAAAUUGGGGAUGAAUAUGAAGUUUGAUAUUAAGGAAUAUAAAGUUCAUAUCUUACCUAAUACUAAUCAAGUUAAAGCUAUAAAUUCUAUUUUGUUUAAUGAAUUAACACCAAGAGGAGAAUUCAUUUAUUUCUUUGAUAGAAUAUCGGGAUUAUUAAUCGAAUUAGCACAAGAGAAUUCUCAAGAAUAUGAACCGGUGGAAAUUGAUACUGGAGUUGCAACUUACAAAGGACUUAAACCAUUAUAUCAAUAUAUUGCAAUUAGUAUAAUGAGAAGUGGAGAUUGUUUUUUAAAAUCAAUUAAGAAAUCAAUCCCAGAUAUCCCAUUGGGGAAAUUAUUAAUUCAAAGUGAUUCAAUAACUGGAGAACCACAAUUACAUUUUGAAAGUUUACCACAAGAUUUAGACCAACAUAAAAAGAUUAUGUUAUUUGAUUCUCAUAAUAUAAGUGGUGCAGGUGCAAUUAUGGCAAUUCAAGUAUUACUUGAUCAUAAAGUAAAAGAACAAGAUAUUAUAUUUAUAUGUUAUUUAUCAACAGAAAUUGGGAUUAGAAGAAUCCUAAAUGUUUUCCCCAAGAUUAAUCUUGUAAUUGGUAAAUUAUCAAAUAUUGAAAUUAUUGAUUCAACUAAUCCACCUAAUUAUAAUAAAGAACAAUUCUUGGAUUCUAAUUGGCAUUUUAGAAAUAGAUUUAUAGAUAGUUUAUACUUUGGAACUGAUUAG